GCGGGAGGUAGCGUGAGCCUGGCAUUCAAGUCUGGUUGCGCCGAUCUUGACCAGGAUGGGAUACUAGAGCGACAAAGAAGAAUUAAUGCUGAACGGAUACCACGCCUCUUCAUCUUUAAAGCGACACCCCAUCCACACGGAUACUACUUUUCGCAACACUUCCACUUAUUAGUUUUUAUUUUUCUUUUAAACCGAAUGGAUAUGGAAAAGACUUAACCUGGAUGGUGUUGCCAAGUGACUCGUUGACAAGAGCUUACGAGUGAAGUUUGCCAACUUUGUUGUUGUCGCGGCGGAGUUCUUGUGAAUUCAUUCGAGAAGGGAAUUUAUACAAUUUUGGAGGCACAAUGGAUCAAGCAAGUGGUGGGGACGACCCCAAUAAAGCUUCUAAAAAGAAGUCCAGCGAGGAUGAAGGCAGAAACAAAAAGCUGAACAUACACAUAAAAACAUUGGCUGAUGAUAUGCGUGAUCGCAUUACCAGUUUCCGAAAGACGGGAAUGAAGAAGGAAAAGCCUCUCAUACAGCACCCGACGGACCCCCUCUCCAACCACACUGAACUGCCCGUUCCUCAGCCCCUUUUCGACGACCGCUCCAUGAACCUCUCGGAAAAGGAGAUCAUUGAUCUCUUUGAGAAGAUGAUGGAGGACAUGAAUCUGAAUGAAGAGCGAAAGGCACCGCUUCGCGGGAAGGACUUAAGUACCAAACGGGAGAUGGUGGUCCAGUACAUCUCAGCCACUGCCAAAUCUAUAACUGGGAGCAAAGUUGCGGGAGGACUGAGGAACAGCAAGCACGAAUGUACACUCUCGUCCCAGGAAUAUGUCCAUGAGCUUCGGUCUGGUAUCACAGAAGACAAGCUGCUCAAUUGCCUCGAGUCACUCCGAGUUUCUCUCACCAGUAACCCUGUCAGUUGGGUUAAUAACUUUGGACAUGAGGGUCUUGGACUUCUUCUGGAUGCACUGGAGAAGCUCUUGGAUAGGAAACAGCAAGAGAACAUUGAUAAACGGAAUCAGCAUAAACUUAUUCAAUGCUUGAAGGCUUUCAUGAACAACAAGUAUGGGCUGCAAAGGAUCUUGGGAGAUGAACGCAGCCUGUUGUUACUGGCGCGAUCCAUCGACCCCAAACAGACCAGUAUGAUGACCGAGACUGUCAAGAUCCUGUCGGCAUUCUGUAUCAUCGGCGAGGAAAACAUCCUGGAUAAGAUUCUGGCCGCCAUGACUAUUGCUGCAGAGCGGAAUAAUAAAGAGAGAUUUGCUCCAAUUGUGGAAGGACUGGAGAACCACGAUGCCCAACAGCUUCAGGUGGCUUGCAUGCAGUUCAUCAACGCGUUGGUUACCUCCCCGGAUGACUUGGACUUCCGGGUACAUCUGCGGAAUGAGUUCCUAAGAUGUGGCCUCAAAAAGAUCCUGCCUGAGCUCAAAGAAACGGAGGAGCUGGACAUCCAGCUCAAGGUCUUCAAUGAGAACAAGGAGGAGGACUCCAUCGAACUCUCCCAUCGCCUGGACGACAUUCGGGCCGAGAUGGAUGAUAUGAAUGAGGUGUAUCAUCUCUUAUCCAACAUGGUGAAAGACACGGGUUCCGAGGCCUACUUACUGUCCAUCCUGCAACACUUGCUGCUCAUCAGGAAUGACUACUACAUCAGGCCUCAGUACUACAAGGUGAUUGAAGAAUGCGUCUCCCAGAUGGUACUGCAUCGAAGCGGGAUGGAUCCCGACUUUGGCUACAGUCGACGAUUGGAUGUGGACUUCACCCAUCUAAUCGAUCAGUGUGUGGACAAAUCCAAAGUUGAAGAGAGUGAGCAGAAAGCUGCCGAGUACUCCAAAAAGUUUGACGAGGAGUUCAGCGCACGGCAGGAGGCCCAGGCUGAAUCUCAAAAGAAAGAGGAGAGAAUCAGAGAGUUGGAGGGCAAGAUCCAGGCCCUGGAGUCUCAGUUAACUAUUGAAAGUGACAAGUUCAAAGAGGCUCAGAGACUCAUCAGGGAAUCUGAAGCCAAGAUUGCAGCUGGUACAGCUGUGCCUGGAGCGCCACCUCCGCCGCCACAACCGGGAGGUGCCGCAGCGCCCCCUCCUCCACCGCCUCUGCCGGGCGGCUGUCCUCCACCGCCACCCCCUCCCCUGCCCGGCCAUGCUGCCGCUCCACCGCCUCCGCCGCCUCCUCCUCCUCCUCCGGGCGGGGGUCCUCCCCCUCCUCCGCCACCGCCCGGGUGCGGGCCCCCGCCACCUCCACCUUUCUUUGGGGGCCCGGGUGGACCUCCACCACCUCCUUCACUUCCUGUCCUCAAACUCCCAUACGGACUUCAGCCCAAGAACGUUUACAAGCCUGAGACGGUGAUGAAGAGAGUCAACUGGAACAAGAUAGUGCCGCAGGAAAUGGCGGAGAAUUGCAUCUGGAUCAAAGUGAAAGAAGAGAAGUUUGAGAAUCCUGACCUGUUUGCUCAGCUCUCUCACUGUUUCUCGUCACAGAGCAAAGUGAAAAAGGACACAAAAGACGAGCCUGACGACAAAAUGACACAGUUUAAGAAGAAGGCAAAGGAGCUUCGCAUUUUGGAUGCCAAGACUGCGCAGAAUCUAUCAAUUUUCUUGGGCUCGUUCCGCCUGCCUUAUGAAGAGAUCCGAGACAUUGUGCUUCAGGUGGACGAGGAACGACUAAGCGAGUCACUCAUCCAGAACCUGAUAAGAAACCUGCCGGAGCAGAACGAGCUGUCGUCGCUAGCUGAACUGAAGAGUGAAUAUGAAGAGCUCGUGGAGUCGGAGCAGUUUGGCAUUGUGAUGAGUUCGGUCAAGCUCCUGCGGCCGCGUCUCAAUGGCAUCCUUUUCAAGUUGACGUUUGAGGAGCAAGUGAGCAACAUUCGACCCGACAUCAUGAACGUGACAUUUGCCUGUGAGGAGGUGAAAAAGAGCGAAGGCUUCAGGAAGCUGCUGGAGUUGGUGCUGCUGGUCGGCAACUACAUGAACGCGGGCUCCAGAAACGCCCAGACGUUUGGCUUCAACGUCAACUUCCUUUGCAAACUGCGAGACACCAAAUCGAUCGGUCAGAACACCACGCUGCUUCAUUUUCUGGCUGAGAAAUGUGACGAGGCAUACCCAGAGAUUUUGAGAUUUCCAGAGGAACUGGAGCAUGUGGAGAGUGCCAGCAAAGUGUCUGCUGAAAUUCUCAAAAGCAGUCUGACCACCAUGGAGCGCCACAUUGUGAGGCUGGAGAACGACAUUGAGAACUUCCCCAAAAGCGACGACCCGCAAGAUAAGUUUGUGGAAAAAAUGUUUGGCUUCUGCAAACAUUCGCGGGAGCAGUACGAGAAGCUGUCCAUCAUGCACAAGAACAUGCAGAAGCUCUACGAGAAUACAGGUAGUUACUUCGCAUUCGACCCGCAAGUCCUCAGUGUGGAGGACUUCUUCGGAGACCUGUCCAACUUCCGCAUCCUCUUUUUGGAAGCCGUGAAAGAGAACCACAAGAAGAGGGAGAUGGAGGAGAAGAUCAAGAGAGCCAGGCUGGCGAAGGAAAAAGCUGAGCGCGAGAAGCAGGAGCGCCAGCAGAAGAAGAAAAAGCUGAUUGACAUGAACAAAGAGGGAGAUGAAACUGGAGUGAUGGACAGCUUGAUGGAAGCUCUGCAGUCAGGAGCAGCCUUCCGUGAUCGACGAAAACGAACGCCACGAAACGGUGAUCAAAGUCCUUCCAGUCCAGGUUCUCGCUGGCCGACUGCAAACUAUGGUUACAGAACCCUAGACAACCGACGUGCAGUCCUCGAAAGGUCCCGCUCACGCCACAACACAAACCACCAAGCCCGAUGAUGCCCAAGUGAUCGCCAAAGAACACCCGGAUGACUUCCCAAACACCCUGUCACUGUGUCGUGCAUUCAUGCAAAAACAAAAAAAAAACAACGAAACAGCAACAUCAAGUCAUUCAUGGCUUAGACAUUUUAAGUUACUCUGAAAUAUUGUCAUCUUUUAAAUCACAGGGGGAAAAAAAGAUUUUCAGGCUGAUGGUGCUCUGCUGCUUAUAUGAAAACACUUCCACCAAGGACAACAGCAUCAUCGUGUCAAAAAAGACGGAGUGCUUUUAACAAAACCCCAUCAGCUUUUGAAAAGGCAAUUCAACAGCCAAGUUGGAAGAAGCCGUAGCUAGACAAACACAAGCUACUUACUGACUGUCAUCUGUAAGAGUGUAUAGUACGUGAGUUAUCCCACAAAGCUACGAGAAAGCUGGCCGCUGUCCAUGCCGAUACUUCAUAGCAUGUGACUCACACAGUUUCAUUUUGACGCCAUACAUUUUAUUUUUUUACUGUACUGUGUUUCCUUAGGCUUGACACAUUUUUCUCAACUCCAUGUUUUUUCAGGUCAGUUUUAUGAAGGAGUAUUUAUGUGGGGCUCCGCGGUAAUUGCCGUAGCCCGCCAAGUGAGUGUGAUUGCUUUGAAAAGCCCCCCUUUCCAAUAGACUGUACCUGCUCAGUUUCCUCUGGUGCGAGGAAACUGCUCUGACAUCACUAGUGUCAUCAUGGGGAAUAUGUUCAAGAGCCCCCCGCAGUAGGCGAAAAUCUGCAAUAUAGACCUUUUAAAAGAAAUAUUUUAUUGUAGUUUUACCCUUCCCACACAUUUUAAACGCAAACCUAUUUUUUAAGUAUUCAUUUAUGCCUGUCUUUACUCUCUCACAAAAAUCUGAAAAUAAGAGGAAAUGUGUGCUUGCUUCAAGCGGUUUAUUUGUCGCUCCCAGUUGAAGUUUACUGUAAAACUGACACCUAAAAUAGAAUUAAACACCAAAAUAUUUUUUCCAAACCUGAUAAUAUUGUCUAAUGAAAGUCUGCUAGCUUAAUGCUAACAUAGAGUACAAUGUGAAAAGCCAUGAGUCGGAUGUCUGAAAUUAGCAUAGCUGUUACAAUAAUUCUACCCCUUCAAAAAACCUCAAUUUAAACAGAUGGGGAACAACAAGACCAGAGCGUACAACAAAAUACUAAAAGGCAUAUAGAAUCUCUGCGCAGGAGGAACAACUAUUACCGGAGCUAAGCUCCUUCUCUGGCUCUUCUUCUCGCUCUUAACUAUGCUGCAUGUCGACCAGUAGACAUCAGUGCUGCGGCAUGGCAUGGUACUUCACUGAAGUCAUGCAACGCUACAUUCAGAUUUGCCUCUCUGCUGUAAAAACCCAUAAAAGAUGACUGCUGAAAAAGCUGUGAUAUAGCAGUGGUUCUAAAUGUAAACCCGCUAUCACGUUUGCAUUCUAAUAACUGAAAAGCAACCUCACCUGACCGGUCAGUCUCUACAGCACCCAGCACAUGCUUUAAAUUCAAUUCAAUCACAACUACCGCAAGUAUAGUACAUUGCUAGAAAGCAAUAUGAGCUGCUUUUAAAUAACAAAAAGAAACAUUUGCUGCCAUCUCCAAUUACAAACAUUAAGCGUGUGCUCUAUUGCAGUUAUACAGUGGGUACGGAAAGUAUUAAGACCCCCUUACAUUUUUCAGUCUUUCUAUUGCAGGCAUUUGCUAAAAUCAUUUCAGUUCAUUUUUUUUUCUUCAUUAAUGUACACACAGCACCCCAUAUUGACAGGGGGGAAAAACAGAAUUGUUGACAUUGUUGCUGAAAUGAUUUUGGCAAAUGGCUGCAAUAUAACAAAGACUGAAAAUUUCAAGGGGUCUGAAUACUUUCCGUACCCAAUGUAUAUCGGGACCUCCGUGUGAACUGCCCCUGCUAUAGUUGAGCUCUAUCUCGUCAUAAGUCUGUUGGCUACCAUUAAUUUGAGAGAAAUCAUGCUGUUGCGACUGCAUACUCAUGUUUGAAGUUGUGUUUAUGUUGCUAGAUCGUAGAAAACUUUAUUCAUUUUAGUAGUUCAAUUCAAAAAGUGAAACUCAUAUAGAUUGACUACACAACUUGAGUGAAAUGUUGCAUGAUUUUAUCUUUUAUAAUUUGGAUGAUUAUUAUUUACUGCUAAAGAAAACUCACAUUUCAUCUUAAGAACAUAUAUUCCUACUAUACUAUAGAAUAUUACUACGGGUGCGACCCGAAUAAAAAUACAAAAAUAAUUUGAGGCUUUAUAAUGAGUUAAUCUUGAUUGGACACAUUUUAAUUAAAUAACAAUAUUUGUCCUAAAUAGCAACAUGGUUUAAUUUAAAUGGAUUUUAGUGGACGACUGAAUCCAAUAAUUGACACAGACAGGAAUAUUGUUAACUCUGGAAAAAUGCAUUUAAUUGCAUUUCCAUACAAAACAGAAGAAAAACUAAUUGAAAAUUGGCCCAAAUUAAGCAGAUCUAAAGUUAAAGUUCCAUUUUAAAACGGUUUUUUUACAAUAGUAUUAUUGCCUUUAAUUGUUUUCUGUGUGGCAGUUAAAAAGUUGGAUCAGUGCUUUGAAAACUCCUUUUUGCACAAUUUGCACAAAACCACUCUUAUCAAGCUUUCCAUUGGGUAUUUUUAAUUUUUUGAUGAAAUUUGCAUCCCCAUCAGUCUGCAACGCUGUUUCAUCCAAUUCUUCCAUUUUGGUAGCCGAGGUCUGACGUGUGCAUCCGUGUAAUCGGUGUACCAGGAAAUCAUGCACUAACAAAAGUUCUCCGCUGUUUGGAACACAAAAUGUGAUUAAAGUGUUAAUUUUUUUUAACAAAUUAAUUUGUUUGGAAUGUAUCGCGAUUGUUGCAUGAAAGUCCCACCCUUAAAGACCUUACAUAAAAACACUCAAAAUUAACUAGUUUUUUUUGUUUUUGUUUGUUUGUUAAAACAAUAUUCUCAUUAAUUCAAAUGCACCUGUGUAACCCCAAAUCUUAUUUCUAAUCUAGGAAUGAGUGGCCAGUAGUAGUUUACCCAAUCUGUAACUGUAUCGAUAGAAAUCGUAGCUGGUAGUACGAGGGUUUAAAAGCCGAAACACAUCCGUAGUAUCGCCCUGACAACCAGGGUCAAUACUGUGUAGUGGAAAAGGGGCUGUAGUCUGGUUCAUUUGGUUAAGUGUGAACACUUUCACCAAAACCUCGGCGUACACCAAACAAGCCGGCCGUGGCCACUUGGAAGACUGUUCUCAGUUUGUAUACGGUUUUAAUGGCUACGUUGUUUUUAAAAAAAAAAAAAAAAGGCAUUUUGAAAUUAAUCAGCCAAAUGCAGCAUGUAUGUUUUGGUCCGGACCAGAGUACUGAGUACAAGUGUGAACGAAGUAGGUUUACUCUGGUCUGAAUCAUUUCAUGGAUUUUUAAAAUAUUCCCGCCAGAUUUGAUAAAACAUGGAGUAAACUUUUCUAAAUGACUUUUCUUACUAUCUGGACAAUCUAACUCUCUGGUAACUGCAUACAUGCUAAACCGUGCUGAUAUUAAACAUGCUGAUUUAUUAACUCAUCUAUUAAUGCUUCUUCUAGUUUAUUUCCCAUUUGGAUCAAAUUGUGUUUACAUCACUUUCUCACAGCAACCAAACUGCACCACAGUUCAUUUGAAAUUUCUUCCAGGUGGUCUCAUACGGUUUAUGCGGUUUCAAACCACGUUCCACCCAAUGAACAAACCGCACCAUGGGGGAAAACUAACAAGACUUCAAUUAAAAUGGACUAAAAGGUGCUAGUAUGUAAACAUCCAAAGCCAUGCAAGAUUUUGUUCAUGGAGGUUUUCCUCUCUCAUUCGAUUUGUGUACAAUUUGUGGGGAUUCGCUUCUUAUAUCCGAGCAAGUACCCUAUUCAUUUUGAUAAUGUUCCCUCACAAGACAGGUAAAAGUUGAGUAAUGGGGGCCUUAAGGUGUAACCAUUAUAAUUUUGUAACAUUUUCAUGUAAAACAAACACCUGUUAAUUUUCCCAUUUCCCAUUUUUCUUGAAACAGUACUUUAAAACAAUGCCUGCUUAAUUAAGCUUCUAAACAGCCUGCAUCUUAUACCACUGAACAAAAUGCACCAUGUUUUUAGGCGAUUGUGAGCCACAGGGCAUAUUUUAUGCAUAGAU